GGAGCUCAGUUGAAGGGUCAGGACAGCUGAGGAAGUGGGCCGUCUCAGGGUUCAGCUGGUGUGGACUGACUGUGCUUCUGAAUCCUCUUUCCAGGCUUGUAACUACAGCUACUCCGCUACAAAGGAGAUCAACUUUUGUUUGAUUUGAAGCCCCUGAAAGGCUCCUCAGACCCUCCCAUCCAGGAACAAUGGCGCUACCCAUUAAUCCCAUGGAUGAACCCAGAAUGUACCAGCAGACGUUGCUUCAGGACGGCCUGUACGACCUGCUGGAGAACGACAAGCUGGUCGACUGUACGCUGAAGAUCAAAGACAAGGAGUUCCCCUGCCACCGGCUGGUCCUGUGCGCCUGCAGCUCCUACUUCCGCGCCAUCUUUCUGUCUGAUCUAGACGAGAGCAAAAAACGAGAAAUUAUCUUGGAGGAUGUAGAGCCGGGUGUCAUGGGGCUGAUCCUAAAGUACCUUUACACCUCCAAAAUCAACGUGACAGAGCAGAACGUCCAGGACAUCUUUGCAGUGGCUAACAUGUACCAUAUCCCUUCAAUUUUCACUGUGUGUGUGUCUUUCCUCCAAAAGCGCCUGAGUCUAAGCAACUGUCUCGCUAUCUUCAGACUUGGCCUGAUGCUGGACUGUCCCAGGUUGGCUGUAUCUGCUCGAAACUACGCCUGCGAGCGCUUCCAGCUCAUCUCCAGAGAUGAGGACUUCCUGCAGUUGCUCCCGAGUGAGCUUGCAGCCAUUUUAACAAACGACAACCUGAACGUAGAGACGGAGGAGUUGGUGUAUGAGGCCUUGAUGAACUGGGUCGCCCGGGAUGCUGAAAGCAGAGAGAAAGAGCUACCAGGUUUGCUGGAUUGUGUUAGAUUGCGUUUGGUCAGCGAGGAUUUCCUGAAGGAGAAAGUGGAGAGAAACAAAAUGAUCUGUUCAAACUCAGAGCUGCAGCAAAAAGUCCAACUGGUGAAGGAUGCACAUGCAGGGAAAUUUCCUGAGGUUAAAAAAAGUAAAAGCAAAACGGAAGAUGCUGAAGCAGAGAAAGAUGGAGAAAAUGAAGAAAAUGAGGAGGAAGAAGGUCUUCUCCCGGGCAUCCUGAAUGACAAUCUGAGGUUCGGAAUGUUUGCCAGGAACCUGAUCAUGAUGGUGAACGACACGGGCGCUGUGGCCUACGAUCCGACUGGCAACGACUGCUAUGUAGCGUCGCUUUCCACACAGAUCCCCAAGAACCACGCCAGCCUGGCCACCAAGGAGAACCAGGUCUUUGUGGCAGGAGGAUUUUUUUAUGAUGAACUGAACAAAGAGGAUCCACUUAGCUCGUAUUUCCUGCAGUAUGACCCGGUUAGCGCUGAUUGGCUGGGGAUGCCUCCCAUCCCGUCUCCCCGCUUCCUGUUCGGGAUGGCCGAGGCCAUGAACUCCAUCUUUGUGUUGGGUGGGAGGGAACUGAAGGAGCAGGAGCAAACGCUGGACUCUGUUUUGAUAUAUGACAGAGAAUCUUUUAAAUGGAGUGAAUCAGAGCCAAUUCCUUACCCAGUCUAUGGACACCAAACAAUAUCCCACAAUGAUGUAAUUUAUGUCAUUGGAGGAAAAGGAGAUGACAUGAAUUGUCUGAAGAAGAUUUCCGCGUAUGACCCUUUGAGGUUUGAAUGGAAGGAGCUCGCGCCCAUGAAGAUUGCACGUUCUUUAUUUGGAGCCACUGUUCACAAGGACAAAAUAUACGUGGCAGCAGGAGUCACAGACACCGGGCUAACGGAUACUUUGGAGGUGUACGACAUCGCUACCAACAAAUGGUCAGACUUUGGAGUAUUCCCUCAGGAGCGUAGCUCUUUAAAUUUGGUGUCUCUGGCUGGUGCGCUGUACGCUGUAGGAGGGUUUGCUAUGAUGCCUUUAGAGGACAGUGAGGAGACGGUUCCCAAAGAGAUGAAUGACAUCUGGAGGUAUGAUGAGACAGAGAAGAAGUGGAACGGCAUCCUCAGAGAGAUCCAGUACGCUUCAGGGUCCACCAUCCUAGGGGUCCGCCUCAACACCUUGCGUCUCACCAAGUUGUAAAACCUGUGAAACAGUACUUCACAGGAGUCAUGGUGACAUUAAAACGUCACCGAGUGAAUGUGAGGAGUCAUCUAUGAUCACUUUAUUUGAUUGUAUAUCAUUCUAUAGUAGUUCUUAUUAUCUAAUUGUACUUCUAGUUAAACAUUGGGGUCAAUCUUUUUCAAUUGGAGACUUUUAUAUGUGUUUUAGUGGUUUUGUUGAGAUUGUUAAAUAAAUUGUUGAGAUUGUUAAAUAAAUUCAUCUGUAGCCUGAUGACUUUUUGCACUGUAUGGAAUAAAAUUCAAGUAUUUAAUA